AGAUGAACCAAUUAUAAAAAAGCUUUACACCAAAGGAAAUACCCAAGAUACAAAUAUUCCUAGAUAUAAUUACAUUUCGAUGGCAAAAAACUUGCAUGUGCCUGCCUUGUAUCAAUGUAUUGAAUCAUGGUACGAAUCAACCAAAUCACCUAUUAUUCAACCAAACGAUAGAACAGACGAUAUGAGAUCAGAAAUUAACAAUAAAUUUUCUCUGCUUUUUAGAAAGUUUAUUGAUAGUGCAUACAUUAAAGAAUGUACUUUUUACGAAUCGGCAUUGGAUGUUGCGUAUUCGGCAACAUUGCUACAUUUGAAUGACCUUAUAACAGCUAAAGGUGUUAGUUUACGUUAUCUAAAUUUGGGUUUUUUCAAAUGUAAUGAUGAAGGCUUGAAAAUCCUUGCUAAGGGAUGCACGACACUGGAGACAUUCAAAAUUAAAGCUUCUGAUUGUUCUGACAAAGCAUUGGCAAAUUUUUUGAGAACGCAACAAAAACUAACAAAACUUAAAAUACGUGAUGCGGUUGGAAUGAAAGAAACUAUGGACGCGAUAAAAACGCUAUCACCUUCCCUUGUGAAGCUCCGCAUUCUCAAUUGUAAUCUUGAAAAUUGCACAACACCUUUUUCUGGUAUUGGUGAUUGUACUCAUCUCCGUUCGCUCUAUAUGCGUAACAUACGUUUUACAAAGACUACACCAUUAUCACAACUUCUAAUGCCGAUUGCACGUUGUGAAUUUCAUAACAUAGAUUUUUCGAAAACACAACUUCCUGUUGAAGUGUUAGUUGAAAUUGCAAAAAAAUCGUCGACAACUUUGCGACGUGUACAUCUUAUACGGCCAGAUAACGAG